AGGCCUCCUUUAUCAUACAUGAACUCCAUUGGCCGAAGUGGCUUGGAUUUGUUUGGCACGCCCACAAGGACCCACCUUGACAGCAGAACUAAUGACAGGAGAGAAUCUUAAAUCCCCUCUCCCUCCCCUUCCUGCCUCGCCAGAUUUGAUACAUGCCAACCUGUUGCUUCUUGACACAACCAAAAAGUAUUGGACCUUGGCCUAGAAGUAGCUAGCAAGAGAGAUCUUCUUGUGGGAGAAGGAGAUAGCCACAGACAGCCUUGCGUUGUCCAGAAGAAUUCAGUAACAGGAAUCCUUGCCAGAGGUGAGGCAGGCGAAGCGGAUACUUAGUGUCGGUUGGUGAGACAUGGAGAAGAAACAUAUGAAGAUGGCCAUACUGAGGCAAGAACACACAUUCAGACAACAGGUUCACGAACUCCACCGCGUAUAUAAGGUCCAGAAGCAACUGAUGAAGGAUAUGCAGGUUGUUAAGAUGAACCCAGCUCAAGCAAGAAAGGAUACUCAAACCAAACCAUGGUUGGAUACAGACCAACAACAAUACGAUGUUAACUCAGACAAGAAGAAAGCUCCUUUCAUCAAAGACUUCGACCUGGAGCUGACACUAGCAACUGGGAGUGAUAAGACAAAGCAAGAGAUGAUAUUCAACUCAGAGUCAGGAGCAACACUGUCGUCAUCAACUUCCGCUGAAUCGGAGUCAGGGCAGCAAUUUCCAGACUCCAGUGUAAACUUGAGCUUUCAAAAUGAGAGCAAUAGGCAUGAUGAUCAACUCAUGCAGUCUCCUUGGCUCUACCAAUGUUUAAGUCUGAAAAUGGCUUGAUUGCUUAGCUAA